UUGAGAGCCAACGAGCGAUCGGGACACACGCCAUGUUUGUGUUACAGCCAGCGUUGUAGAUGGUGUGCGUGGCGCGGGGUGCGCGGGUAUACGUGUGUUGUCUCCGCGUUAUUUUUCUCGCGUGCCGUGCGGUAAUGCUCGUCCGUUUAUUUACGUAGCGUCGCGACGCAGAGUGGAAAGGACCCCCGAUUCGCGUGGCCCGUCGAUCGACGCGACGAGGAGCGCGGCAGCGAACGCCGCCGCGGUGAAUCCGCCGCCGCUGUAGCCGCGCACGCACGCACGCAACAACCGGGGUGACCGCGAGCUGAUCUCGGACGCACACUCGCGACUCGCACGGCUAAAUGCGACCGCCGUUUCGCCUGCGGUGGUUGUUUACGGGUAGGCCCGCGCCGUCGUAGGCCGCACGGAGGUCCGCGUGGAGCGCGCGGAUUUCUAGGAACGCAACGUCGUCGCCGUCGUCAUCGUUAUCGUCGUCGUCGUUGUCGCCGUCGUCCUUUCGUCAGCGACCGCAGCGCGACUCGACGCGCCACACUAUGUCGCGCUAGCGCGUGCACUUGUGCUGUGUUUUAUAACCUGACAACACGAGCGAAGUACUUCGUCCUGUACAUCUCCUUUAUUUAUCAUGCCGUUGCAUCUUUGACGAAAACAUUAUCAAGCGGUAUUUACCACGUGAUGUUUGCAGGUGCAUACUUAAUUUGAAAAGCUAUCAAAAUGUGGCAAACACAAAGUAGUAAUAAUUCUAAUGCGAACUCCGCGUCAAGUGAAAAGAACAAUUUACGCACUCUGGGGAUGACGUCAGCCAUAAGUGUAGCUGAACCUAAGCCCAUGGACAUUGCCAGAACCAACGAAUUGAAGGAGGCCCUGAAACCCUACAAUGUUUUCGAAUCUGAAGAAGAACUGAACCAUAGAAUGGAGAUUUUAAGCAAACUGAACGCAUUGGUUAAACAGUGGAUAAGGGAUACGAGUAUAGCUAGAAACAUGCCACCCAAUGUGGCCGAACAAGUGGGUGGUAAAAUAUACACGUUCGGUUCAUAUAGGUUAGGUGUACACCACAAAGGCGCCGACAUUGACGCGUUAUGUGUUGUACCGCGUCAUAUAUAUAGAUCGGAUUAUUUUACGUCCUUUUUCGAAUUAUUGAAAAUGCAGGAGGAAGUCACAGAUUUAAGGGCAGUAGAAGAAGCCUUUGUACCAGUUAUAAAAAUGAACUUUGAUGGUAUAGAAAUUGACAUGCUAUUUGCGAAGUUAACUCUUAAGGAAAUUCCAGAUUCGAUGGAUCUCAGGGAUGACAUGCUGCUAAAAAAUCUCGAUCAGAAGUGUGUCAGAAGUCUUAAUGGUUGCAGAGUGACGGAUGAAAUAUUGCGUUUAGUACCUAAUAUAGAAAAUUUCAGAUUGGCUCUUAGAGCUAUAAAAUUAUGGGCGAAACGACAUGGCAUAUAUAGCAAUGUCUUAGGUUAUCUUGGUGGUGUAUCUUGGGCAAUGUUAGUCGCUCGGACGUGUCAGCUUUAUCCUAACGCCGUGGCUGCAACUUUGAUAGAAAAAUUUUUCCUUGUAUUCUCUCAAUGGAAGUGGCCACAACCAGUACUUUUAAAACAACCUGACAAUGUCAAUUUGGGUUAUCCAGUUUGGGAUCCAAGAGUGAACGUGUCAGACAGAUAUCAUCUAAUGCCAAUAAUCACACCAGCGUAUCCUCAACAAAAUUCUACUUUCAACGUAUCCGUAUCAACCAGAACUAUCAUGCAAGAAGCAUUUGAAAACGGACUAGCCAUAACUGAAGAAAUUAUCAUGGGUAAAGCAACGUGGGACAAGUUGUUCGAGCCACCAAACUUCUUUGGCAAAUACAAGCAUUACAUUGUAUUGUUAGCCAAAAGUUUAAGCGCGGAAGAUCAACUUGAAUGGUGCGGCCUUGUCGAGUCGAAAAUACGACACUUAAUAGGUAUGUUGGAAAGGAAUCCUCAUAUUACUUUGGCACACGUCAAUCCGGAGGCGUUCCCACCAUUGAACCCCGAAUCGGGCAAACAAUGUUCUAUGUGGUUUAUCGGCCUGGCUUUUGCUAAAUGUGAAAAGAGCGAGAAAAGCGAAAAAGGCGAGAAUAUCAAUGUUGACCUCACAUACGAUAUCAAAUCCUUUGUGGAUACAGUUGAGAGGCAAGCAGAACAAAUAAAUAUGUUCAAAGAAGGAAUGUGGAUUGAGGCUAAACAUGUAAAAAGGAAGGACUUGCAUACUUAUGUAUCGCCAACUUUACUGAAAAAGGAAAGGAAGGUUUCUAGCGGUGUGCAUCGGAACGGUAAUAUUGCUGGAAAUGGAAACAGUGGUAGUGUAUCGCCACGGAAUCAAGGUGAUACAAGUGGCAGGAAGAGAUUGUCGGAUCAGUCGCUCGAUGCAUGUGGAAAAAAGCGGCGAAUCAAUGAGGCGGAAGAGCAAACAGAGAAUACAUCGUUAGUCGGUCAAUCUUGUGGAGAAGAUAGCAAUUCUGGUUUCAGUAUGGAUGAAUACAAACAGAAUCUAUCAACUAAUAAGGACGAAGGACCUACUAGUGCGACUACAGUAGCGCAGGAAGGAUUCGUAUGCACUUGAUGAUCAUCAUGGGAUUACUAUCUCACGUCAAUCCACAGAUGCUCCUCCGGGUCAUCUAGACUGUAAACAUUUCUCAUGCAACCAUCCACUGCCCACUGUAAGUCCUUCGUUUCGUAAAAGCAAAACAGCGUCACGCAAUGGAGGAAGCUGUCCAGGUGGAAUCAAUCAAUUAAUGACAAUUUUAUGUGUUUAUGUGAAACACUAUAAUUAAUAGUAUUAUAAAGAAAGGGAAAAAAACAUCGACAGUCAAUGGGAACAAUUACGCUGGAGCUUAAGUGAUUGUGCCAGUGUCUGUGAUGUCUCAUUUACAUCAUGGAGUAAUAAUUUUGAGACACACAUAGUUGAAAAAUUUGCCACCAUGAAGGUUAAAUCUAUUUCGCUUAGAAACAAUAGUAAUCAUACUUUUUAUAUUUCCUUUUUGUAUAUAUAUAUAUACAUAUAUAUCAUUUACCUUAACUCUUUUUUUAUCGAUAAACACUUGAACAAGGAACUUAAGAUUUGAUAAUACUUGAUGUAACAUAAUUUUACAUAAUUUACAUGACGAGCAGGAAUAGUUCGAUCGAGAAAAUUACAUGUAUGGAAAUUUCCGUAUUUUGCGAGUGUUUCCGCAUGUUAAGAAAAAAAAAACACAAAAUAUAAAAUAUAUUCUUGUAUAGAGUGCGUUUUUAUAAUGCACUGUGGAAUAUGCUUUAAAAAUGCAUAUGCGUACGAGUUUAGUUGUAAGUAGCUCUGAUAUACUUUUAUUACUCAUAACAAACGCAAGAGUCACGUGCCGUGAUCUGCCUGUUUAAGGACUUGCAAACAGUACUGUACUGUUAGCGUUUUAAUACGCUUUUACUGUUUGUACUAAGUAUGAACUAUUAUUUACGCGAUACUUAAUGUUGCUAUUAUUUAUAAGGAUUAGAUGUUCCAUGCAAGUUGCAAAAUAGGAAUAUUAUUUGCUCGCGAAGCUUACCAUUGUACAAUAUAAAGAAAGACACUAAUAGUUUGGCUUCAUCACCUCUUUCGCUAUACAACUGUAAUGCAAUCGAUAAUGUAAUUGCAUUACAGAAGGAUCACCGACACUGGCAUAAACUCCCGGAGGAUGUUUCAUUUACAAAGUUUACGUAGAUAGUAGUCACUAAGAAGAUAAGAAAUAGAGACUUGCAAAUGAAACAUCCGAAGUAGGCCAUUGACUAUCUUAUUGACAAUUAUGUUGCGUGAAAUAGUUUCGUACGGAGCCGCCUUUUAGUUUUUGCUCAGAAACAAAGUUGUAGCUUUAAAACGAAUUAGAAACGGGCUUAGACACUUGGAUGAUUGAAACCACCUGUCACCAAUCGGUGAGUUUUUUCAGGUGUUCAACUGCCUUCGCUCCCAGUCUACGGCUCUGAUCCUUGAAUCUGAUUCCGAUUUACCUUCUCGCCUAUUACAGUCCUCAAUUCGUGUGUUAAAGGCAUGUCCACUAAUCGUAUGCUACAAGGUAUUUGAUGUUCAUUCUUUGGUACUUGUAAACGAAACUCUUGCGAAUACCGCAGUAUAUGCAGAAAUCAGGUACUUGCAGAGUAAUAUUGGCAAGUUGAAAGAUUUCAAUGACGCAAUUCGUAUUAGCAUUGAGAAAUAUGAGAAGAAAUAUCACUUCUCUUUCCUGCAUAAUCGACAUCGCUAGCAACUCGAUUAUUACGUUGGAAUUUUUAUUAACGCGAUACAUAAAACUUAAUAACUACCAAUUAAAUUUUAAGUACAUGAAAUUCUUGAUUAUAAUGCUUUGCAAGUGUCAUGAUUUAAUGUUCAGUGAUUAGGAAUCAUUCCGUUACUUGUACAUAUUCUCGUAGAUACACCUGAGGUGAUAGGUUUCACUCUUUCAAAGCUUGUCUUAUCAAGCCAUUUUAUUUAUUGAUCGGGAUACGCGUUUUCCUGUUUACUAAAAAAAAAGACAACAGUAAUAGUGCUGCCUUAUUUCUUCGCUUUUUCAUGGAUUCACGCUAAUUUUAUGCUUGAAUCUGGGAUUGAGGUGUAUUACGGUACCGUAUAAAGAAGAUAGUUGGUUUGAUCGAUCAUAGACCCUUUCGCUUUCCACACGUAUUGACAUAAUACGAUUAAAAAUACGAACCUUUUUUUAAAAAAAAAAAGAACCAUGCAUGAAAUUUACAGCGAAUUCGUUCAGAUACAUCAGUGUACGUAAAUGUACUUAUCGAAUUCGUUAUUAUAUAUGGUAUCAUGGAAUAGCCAUGGGUUUAUUUUGCAAUGAUCGGUAUCGUUCGUAAUUGCCCUCCCUUAUAGAUUUCAUGUGAAAGGGGAAGGAUAUAUUUCCCUAUAGAUUUUAUUUUUAAUAAUCAUUCAUGAUAUAUUAGAAAUCAUUUGAUUCGCAACAUACAAAUGAAAUCGGGCAGAUUCGCGUGUUGAAAUGAGAUCACUUUAUUUUUUACCUUUAAAACAUCGCCUAACUUUUCAAACUUUUUUUUAAUUACAGAGUCUUCUCUCUCGAAGUCAUUUCACUAAAACUUACUCAAUAUUUUUUUUAUUUAAUACGUACAGGUAUGCAUAACGUAUUGCGAUGCUCGUACAUAGUAAUGAUAAUACCUCAUUUGUCCGUAAAUAUCUGUCUAUAAAAAUCCUUCGUGAUUGUGUUGUAUAAGAAAAUUUUAGUGUGUUAUAAGACUUGUUCAUUCAUCGACAUAUCAAAAUAUCGGACAUCUUUUGUUCUGCAAACAAAAUUAUUUUAUAUUUUUCUGUAAACAAAAAUAUUUGUAGCUCCUGUAUUUUCCUAAAUUGAUCGUCUAAUCUUACUUUGCUAGAUCCAGGAUGUGCUUUGUGCGAAGCUCAGAUACUUUAAUAAAUAGGAUUUUUACGCACUAUUUUGAAAGAAACAUUUUGUUCGUGCAUACGUAUCUUUUUUUUGUUAUAAUUAACGUCUUUCUUGUACAAAUAUGAAGUUUUUUAAGUUUAUGCAGCUUAGGAUACGCUUAGGAUCUCUAUUUCGCGACAAAAGAAACGUCGCAUUGUCUUCAACAAAUUGGACGAUUCAUUCAUUUUGCCAUAUAAUUCAUUAACAUUUAACGAUAUGAAGAUGUGUGAAUGUAUUUACGAUCACGCACAUAUACACGCGCACGCUUAUAAUUGUAACUAACAAAGUUCAGUUUGUGGAGACAAGUAAUGUGUAUUUUUUUACACGGAAAGAAACGGUUUUGCUGAAAUAUCUGAAAAUUUAGCUAGAGCUAUAGAUGAAAUAAUUUUAAAAAUAAUCUUGUUGCACUAUAAAAAUAAUUAUGUAGAAUGGUUGAAUAUCAAAACUUUGUGCAGCAUUAUCAACAUACUUCAGCGUGCUACAUAAUUAUUUUAAUGGUCCAAAAUUAUUUUCAGAUACUGUAUUUAGCUAAAUUUUUAGAAUGUCUAGAUAGAAAUUAGCAAAACCGUUCUCUCCGUGUAGCAUGGAACAAUUGAAUCCCGCGAAGCAUAUUGAUUAUGGUGCAAUAUAUGAUUUUUUUUCUUAUGAAGUCAUUUUUUUCUUUUAGUUAGAAAAUAACAUCGAUUAAUCGAAGAACUUCGCGAAUUCACAUCUCGAAUGGUAUUAUGCAAUAAAAUAUAACAAAGGCACUCAUCAAUAUACAUGGAUUGCAUAUUCACUUCACAAAUAUAUGUUAAAAUUUGUUUAGCUUUUUCAUCCACAUUCAUUAAUAUUCAUAUCAAAUAUGACCAUUAUAUGUAAUUAUGAAGAAACAGGAUAGUUAAGAAUCUCAUGAUGGUUUAUGUGAACGAACGUAUCAAAAUUUAUAGAAAUUCUCCGUUCAGGCGAGAGUUUGGAGUUUGGACUAAUACAAUUUCUCAAAUCUUUCGGGACAAAUUUCUCUAUUUAAUUUAUACGUAUUUCUUCCUAUGUCGCCGCGUGUCGCGCACUCGAGUUACUGUGAUCAUUAUUGCCACUAAUGUCAUACGAUUCACGAUAACGUUGACGCUUCUGCCGCUAUUCUUUCACAUGUUUCAUAAUCACUCUCGAAUUACCCCAUCACAAAGCAAUAUUUCAGCUUUACUGCCAUCGAAGAAAUGCACGCGUGCGCACCACCAAACGAUUCUCGAUCAUAAAUGCCAUGGUAUUCGAACCUGUCGUAGAACUCCCUUUCAUCACACUUAAUAGUACGUAUCAAUUUCCCCGUACUAUCGACUCUUAUUGCACUAAUCCCCGAUCGUCCAUUGCAGCACUCAUUGUCGCGAUACAUUAAACUCCCGCUGACUAAUCGUCCGUGUAUUCCUGACACGUUAAUCACCGCUAUCUCCUAAAUUCAAACUUUCAGGGACUGUAUUAUACUUUGCACAGCUUGAACGAAAAUUUAGGCGUGCGGUAAGAAACCAUUGUUAUAGCACGAUGGCUAGAAAGACGAGGUACCUGUCGGCGAAUGGAGGCCGAGGAUCGCGAACAGUGAACAUCAAUGUUAUCCUUGUACGCCAAAUCUCAUUUCCUUUAUUGAUUCGCGGUUGUCACACGCGCCCGAUUCGUACCUCCUCCCUCUUCUCUCUCUUUCUCUCUCUCUCUCUCUCUCUCUCUCUCUCUCUCUCUAUCUCGGAGAUAGCUAGACAUGUCUGUAGCACAUUCUCAAUCUCCGCCAUUAGCCUCUCCCUCUCCUGAAAACCACCACCGUUGGCCGACGUGGGCGUCUUGCAAUUUCGAUAGUGCGGCAGGGGGGAGAUAAACAGGAAGGGAAACGCUACGUCUAUCAUUCGCAAUCUUAUCUUUUAUUAUAUAUAGAAAAAAAAGGGAGAGGAAACACGAGGCAGAAAUGGGAAAUACGCGCUGAAGGAGAGAAAAAAAAAGAAGUCAUACGCGAGGACCUAUGUCGCGGGAAACGCGGAAUCGAUGUAUACGAUUUUCUCGCGCGGAUGUUGUACGGAUGUUGCGCUGGAGAUCUCUCACGUCCUUAUGUCACGGCGGUCGAAACCUUUUUUUUUUUUUCCUCAAGAUGUGAUACGUUCAAUUAUAUCGAAAUCACACGCGAAACACCGUACGCGCAGAAAUCUUCAUGAGUUUAUGCAACGCGUAUACAAUCGCAAUUCUCUUGUCCGAUGAGUUACUGUAAAAUAAAUUAUAUUUUGUACGUGCAUCGACUGUACGGGCUCGUACGUGAUGCACUUCUGCGAGCAAUCGCAUACAUGAUACGUCCGCGAAAUACGCUUUCUCCAUUUCUUUUUCUCUCUGGCGAAUGCUAUUUUUUUUUCUUUUUCGAGUAUUCUCAUGAAAAUUCGAAUGCGUUGGCCGUGCGUGCCUCACCCGCGCACACGCGGCCCACGCAGAUCGGUGAACGCUGUGUGCACGCGCGCGCGAUAACGAUCCGUUGCGCACCCGCGAUCGGCAAUAGCACAAAUGGAAAAAAGAUAGAACGAGCAAGGACAUGCAUAAUUUGUAUCCUGUGAAUAUUGUACACUCUGUAUCUCUUCUGAAUAAACGAAAAUAAAUUUUCUUUCAACUCCUUCAGCCAAAAAAAAAA